AUGGCCGGCUGGGUGGAUUGGUCCAAGAACACCCAAUCCAAAAACUAUCGUGGUUCAAACUCGUUUGCGACGUUCAUGAUCAUCGGCCCCACCUGCUUCUUCCUCGGCAUUCUCUUCGCAAGCUUCCCUUACGACUUCCCCCUCCUCUGGACCUCCGCGCCGGUUCCCGAGUCCUUCUACUCCCACCUCGAAACCCACCUGAAGUUUAUGCACCAGUCCCCGCCGCUGAUCGGCCGCCUUCUCAACAUCAUCGUCUUCACCGGUUUCCUUGGCUUCUUCAUCAAGCUCUUCCGCCCCUCGGAGGCCAAUGUCCUCUUCGAUGGCGCCUCAUUGGUUUUGUAUCUGAUCGGCGUGGGUGUCUAUAUCACCAACAUCGUCAAGGGAUUGCGCUCUGUAAGCGCCGGCAUCUGGGACGACCCCAACUGGCAGGAAAACACCAACGCUGGCGGCGAGAAUGGCGAGAUCAUCCUGGGUAAGGAGGACUCUCUGAAGGUCCUGGCGGCCAGCAACACCAUCCUCGCGCUGGUGCUCGUCGGUGUUCUCGUGCUGCAAGCGGGACAAUGGUAUGCUGAGCGCAAGGACCGCGAGGACUUUGACAAGCUCGAGGAGGAGUCUAAGAAGAGCUCUACGGCGUCGAAGAAGAAGCAGUAA